AUGAAAACCUCUCUCCGACGGUUGCGAGGGGUGCUUCACAAGCAUGAUUCUAAAGACCAGAGAGAUCUUCGAGCUCUGGUUCAGAAGGACGAGCUGGCCCAGGCUUCUCAGGACGUGGAAGACAUGAGAGAUUGCUAUGAUAGCUUGCUCUCUGCUGCGGCUGCUACUGCGAAUAGUGCAUAUGAAUUUUCUGAAUCGUUGCGAGAACUAGGUGCUUGUCUUCUUGAGAAAACUGCUCUAAAUGAUGAUGAAGAAAGUGGUAGAGUGUUGCUUAUGCUGGGAAAAUUGCAGUUCGAACUGCAAAAACUUGUUGAUAAAUAUCGGUCUCAUAUAUUCCAAACAAUCACAAUCCCCUCGGAGUCGCUUCUUAAUGAACUCCGCAUAGUUGAGGAAAUGAAGCGGCUUUGUGAUGAGAAAAGGAAUGUUUAUGAAGGCAUGCUCGCAAGCCAGAGAGAGAAAGGGAGGUCUAAGGGCGGGAAAGGAGAAACUUUUACGACGCAGCAACUACAAGAAGCUCAUGAAGAAUAUGAUAACGAGACUACUCUAUUUGUUUUCCGUUUGAAAUCCCUGAAACAAGGGCAAACACGUAGUCUUUUGACUCAGGCAGCACGGCACCAUGCAGCACAGUUAUGCUUUUUCAAGAAGGCUCUUACUUCGCUUGAAGAAGUAGAGCCGCAUGUACAAAUGGUAUCUGAGUCGCAACAUAUCGAUUACCAUUUCAGCGGAUUAGAAGAUGAUGAUGGGGAUGACGAAAUAGAAAACAACGAGGACGAUGGUUCUGAGGUGCAUGAUGAUGGAGAGUUGAGUUUUGAAGAUAGAGUGAAUGACAAGGACCAAGAUGCGGAUUCUUCAGCUGCUGUCUCCUCAGAGUUGGGUCAGCCAGAAAUCACAUUCCCACUAGUCACAAGACCAGAAACUGCGCAGGAAUUUGCGGAAGUAAACUAUAGGAAAUCACUUUCUUAUAGAAGAGAUGUUAGGAUAGGGAGCCAAUCAGCACCGCUUUUCGCCGAGAGCCACACAAUUCCUCCUUCAGAGAAACUGUUACGGAUGCGAUCAUCUCUGACGCGGAAAUUCAGCACUUACGCAUUGCCAACACCUAUGGAAACAGCAAGAAGUCCUUCAUCUACUACAAGCCCAGGUAACAAGAGCAUGGCUUCAUCUAAUCCUUCAAAGGCGAUUACGAAACAGAUCUGGUACUCAUCGCCACUGGAAGCUCGUGGACCUGCAAAGGUUUCUUCUAGAUCAAUGACAGCCUUGAAAGAACAAGUCCUGAGAGAGAGUAACAAGAACCGGUUGCCUCCGCCUUUGGUAGACAGACCCUUGUACUCUCGUCUCGGGACACUCAAGAGACGGUCCUUCUCUGGUCCAAUAACGAGUAAGCCUUUACCUAACAAGCCUCUCUCUACAACACCUCACUUAUACUCGGGUCCAAUCCCAAGGAAUUCAGUUUCUAAGUUACCAAAAGUGUCGUCAUCGUCUCCAACUGCGUCUCCUACUUUUGUCUCAACCCCGAAGAUAAGCGAGCUCCAUGAGCUUCCUAGACCACCACCACCAAGCAGCUCCAUUAAGUCUUCUAGGGCAUUUGGAUAUUCAGCUCCUUUGGUUUCCAAGAGCGAAUUGCUUAGGAAAGCUCCGAUUUCAAAUUCAGCAUCUCCUCUCCCAAUACCACCUCCAAUCACUCGUAGCUUCUCUAUACCUACUAGCAACCUUAGAGCAGCAGAGUUAGAUAUGUCUAAGACGAGCCUGGGUACUAGUAAGUUAGGUACUGCCUCGCCUCCUUUAACCCCAAUGGCAUUGAUCCAACCACCACCAUCGGCUCUUCCCGAGCGUGCGGACCAUUUAACAAUGUCCAAACCAGAGAGGAGAACCUAA